UAAAUUGAGCUCCACCUCUAUUGUACCCCUCAUUCUCUCUCUCUCCCUCUUUCUCUCUCUAACACAUAUAUGAUAUAUAUGAGACUCUCUCAUGACUAAGAUGGACAAAAGGCCAUGCAACUCACAUGAGCCUGAAGUGAGGAAAGGGCCAUGGACUAUGGAAGAGGAUCUCAUUCUUAUAAACUACAUUGCUAAUCAUGGUGAAGGUGUUUGGAAUUCACUAGCUCGAUCCGCCGGGUUAAAGCGCACCGGAAAAAGCUGCCGCCUACGGUGGCUGAAUUACCUCCGGCCGGAUGUGAGGAGGGGCAAUAUCACGGCGGAGGAACACCUUUUGAUUAUAGAGCUGCAUGCUAAAUGGGGUAACAGGUGGUCAAAAAUUGCAAAGCAUUUGCCUGGACGAACUGACAACGAGAUAAAGAAUUAUUGGAGAACUCGGAUUCAAAAACACAUAAAACAAUCUGAAAAUUUUACUACUUUACCUCUAAAUAAUAUGGAUCAAUCUACCUUCACAAACCAGGCUCUCUCCGGUUGCGUCCCUGCGGAUUAUGCAAUUAGCCAAUCAUAUACACCCAAUCCUGCUACUUCCUCCUUUCAGGGAAGUAUGCAAAAUUUUCAAGGCUCUAAUUUUCCCACUCAAUCAAAUGAUCACAAUAUUUGGAGCAUGGAGGAUUUUUGGUCAAUGCAGUUACUUCAUGGAGACUAGUUAAUAUAUUAAUAUAUAUUAUAUAAUUGUUGAGUCACUUCGAUUAUUAUUGUCUAUUUUAUAAAUUGUAUUUUGGCUUCUUCUUUUUUUUUCGUUUUAAGUUCUACUUAAUAUAUAUAGAGUAUAUAUAACACGUAAUGUACAUUGCCUCGACUAGUUGGAGAGUUUAGUAUGUACAUUUCUGAAAAUAUACGUGGAUAUUGAUUUACGUAUUGAACCGAGUGUUUUGAAAUUUAUUGUCUUUGUAAAGGUGUAUAGGGAAAUAAAAUUUAUUGAAUAUAAUGUAUUUGGAUGUUGCCAAUCA